GUGACGUAGGAAUAACCCUACUUCCGUUUCGAGGUCGACAAGACGGCUACAUUAGCAGCGAGUGACGAAAACGUGACGUAUUGCAUUUUUGGUGUUUACUCUGUACAGGUGACCAGAUUACCCAAUACCUGUUUGGUAUUUGGAAUGGACCACUGGAAAUGGAGACUUCUCUCAAUAAUCCUGGUCAUGUUACUCAUCAUCAAGAUCGUAUUCGCCAUUAUCCAAGUCGUCAUCUUUGUGGGUUGCAUGAUAACGGACGGUGCCACAACUGUGAACUGUCGAAACUUUACUCUUAUUCCGUACCGCGUGUAUAUAGUACCUAUCGCCCCGGCGUCCACCGUAUUUGUAGGAGCACUGUGGAUCGUCGUCACUUUACAGCUGGAGCAGUCAUUUCCGACUUUCCACGACACUCGUCGGAUAUUGACGAAAAAGCUUUUCUUUUAUAAAGACAGUUUUAUCGUCACGUGUCUCAUCGUCUAUUACAUCAUAGUCUUCUGUAGCGACCCAACUCGGCCAGGAGCCUCGGACUAUAUUGUACUGCCUGUAGAACUUCUGAUCACCACGAUGUUAAUGUACGUCCUAAACUUCAGAAGAGCGCCCUCUAUGGAAGAUAAGACUAAUUAUCGAGGCGUGUAUGGUAUUUACGUAACAAUACUAGUUUCGUGGGCCGCUCACAACUUCUUUCAUGUUUUAGAAGAUACUAUAUACGUUGGUUUAAAUAUUUACACAUUUUCAGGGAAGAAAAUCCUUCAUCACCAAAAAGCCUGGUUUUCCAUAAAUCUGUUAUUUCUGGUCAUUGCAGGCACAUUCAGAUAUCUCUUGGGAAAUUUUUAUCUUAGAAAGUUAUCCUGUUGUCUGAAAAACAAAGAAUAUCUCAUUUUGAGAGACGAAGACGACGAUUUGCGUCUGCCGUAUAUUCCUUACGCUGACAUUAAUGACGUGUUAUAGUACAUUUGAAUGACGCUCUGCUAUAGUUAUGUGAAAAUGUAAUUUGAAAAAUGAAUGAAAAUCUAAUAAUUGAGUCCAUUUCAUUGUGUAUAUUCAGUCCGUGCUACUAGGGCGCAGGACUGUCUUGAAUUUCAUGAUAUGACUAACAGGCAUCAUGACUGACUUUUGGUAAACACAAAUGGCCGCCGAGAUCUCGCUGAGAUAAUUACCAUGGUUACAUAGAUCGGGAGAGCAGUUAACGAGAUGACGUAAUUGAAUACUAUUUGAAAGAUAAAACAAGUCUCGUGACACGUUCGCUCUUAACGCGAUCAAUUAUAAGUUUUAUUCAUUAUAAUUAUGAGUAUUUUUUGAAUUCGCUAAUUUUGUUUUGUUCAUAUUGUUCGUGUUUUUUCUGUACAUAUCCUGUGUAUUUUAGUUAUUUAGAUAUAUGUGUACAAUAAAGUAAAAAAAAAAAGACAA